AUGGCUUGUUCCAAAAGGUUGAAGGAAGAAGAUAGGAUAAGCCAAUUACCUAAUCCUUUGAUAUGUCAGAUACUUUCUCAUCUUCCCGCAAAGGAAACUGUUAAGACAAGCGUUUUGUCAACCAGGUGGAAAAGUCUCUGGCUUUUUGUUCCUAGUUUAUUUUUGGCAUGUUUGCACCUCCCAAAGUUCCAUGCCUUUAAGAGUUUUGGUGACAAGUUUUUCGAUUCCAAUAGGGUUUCAUGCUUACACCAAGUCAGGUUAGUUAUUGGUAAUAUCGGAUUUAAGAAAGGUGUAGAUGAUGCUCCCUUUUAUCUCACGCCAUGGAUUGAUGCUAUAGUUAAGCGUAAGAUCCAACAUCUAGAUGUUUGGUUUACACCAGGUCCUACUUAUGAGAUGCCCCUGAGGCUUUACACCUGUGAGACACUGGUCUCCUUGAAACUCUUUUAUGUAACCUUGGGUGAUGUCGAGGUUGUUUCCUUACCUUGUCUGAAGACGAUGCAUUUGAAAUAUAUUUGGUAUGGCAAAGAGGCCAAUUUUGAGAGACUUGUCUCUAGCUGUCCUGUCUUGGAGUUGAAGAUUUCCGGGUGUGUGAAUGAUGAUGUCAAACUCUUUCGGGUGGUCUCUAGGUCAUUGAAGAAGCUCAGAAUAAAAACAGACAUAACGAUGAUUCCAAAGUCUUUUGGUUCAAGAUUUGUGAUUAAUGCUCCUCGACUAUGCCUUUUGAGCAUCAGUGAUAAAUUGUCAGAGAGUUUUAUAAUAAACGAUGUGGAUUCCAAUGCCAAGGUAGAUAUCUCUCUGUCCUUUGGUUUGUAUGUUUUGGAUGAAGCAAGCAUUUCAUCGCGGAGAAGUACUAUACGCAGUUUUCUCCACGGGGUUUCAAAGUUCAGGGACAUGACUUUAUGUAGAGACACUUUCAAGGUAUCUUAUCUGCAAUACUCGAGAAUAGAACCGUUGCCUCAGUUUGGUGACAUCUCCAGCCUGCGUGUGACUUUUCGUGUAUCUGAUUUGAUAUGGUUACCAACCUUUCUAAAGAACUUCUCAAACUUGAAGUCACUUAUCUUGGUAUGGAAUACUAACUCUAAGAAGAUGAAAUCCAAAGAGUUGCGUCAAUUCAGUUAUUUCGCUGUGCAAGAGUGUUUGUUGCCGUCGCUUGAGUAUGUUGAUAUCAAAACCAGCUUCUCAGGACAUCCUGCAGAACUGAUGCUAACUAUGCACUUGACUUCUGUUUGGUUUCCCGAUGAGGCCACUUUUGAGAGACUUGUCUCGUCAUGCCCUGUCUUGGAAGAGUUGGAGGUUAAGGGAAGUAAUCAAAACUGGGAACGUCUUGUAGCUAUUAGGCUAGGAAGGUACUUCCUAGAGAAUUCAGCAAUACUCAAGAAUCUCACUCUAUUGACUAGUCAUUCAAGAUUAAAAAAGUCUGCUUUCAAGGAACUCCUUAAAAUGCCAAGAGGCUCUACCGAAUGUGAAGUCGUCCUUGACUGGUAA